ACCUGCAGCCCUAGCCCCAAGACCUAUAGCCCUAGCCCCAAGACCUAUAGCCCUAGCCCCAAGACCUAUAGCCCUAGCCCCAAGACCUAUAGCCCUAGCCCCAAGACCUAUAGCCCUAGCCCCAAGACCUGCAGCCCUAGCCCCAAGACCUGCAGCCCUAGCCCCAAGACCUGCAGCCCUCGCCCGAAGACCUACAGCCCCAGCUCCAAGACCUGCAAUCUUAGCCCCAAGACCUGCAGCCCUAACCCCAAGACCUGCAACCCUUGCUCCAAGACCUGCAAUCCUAGCACUGAUACCUGCAGCCCUAACCCUAAAACCUGCAGUCCUAGCACCGAGACCUGUAACACUAGUUCCAAGACCUGCAGCCCAGGCACCCAAAAGGCAUUUAUCGAAGCAGCCACAUACCUCCACAAGUAA